AUGGCGGCGGCCGCCGAGAGCCUCCUCAGGCAGGCGAGGUACCGGGGCGGGGGGAGCGGGGCCCCGGAGCGGCCUGAGGGAAUGGGGGAGAUCUCGGCGGAGGAGCUGGGCCGCUUCGUGUCGCACGUGGCCGCGCUGCUGCGGAGCCGCCACCUGGGCGCCGAGGCCGUGGACUGCCUGCAGCGCCUGCACCUCGUGGUGGCCGCCACCAAGUACCCGCGCAGGCUGGAUGGCAAGUUCGUGGAGCUGCUGCAGACGGUGCUGUGUCUGCCCACGUGCCCGGAGCAGGUGCAGGUUUUAUGUGCUGCCAUCCUGAGGGAGAUGUCGCCGUGCGACGAGCUCGUCCUCUCCUGCGAUGAGGUUCAGGAUCCAAAGGUCCUGAGUCUGGUAUCCUCCGUCCUUUUGGCUCAGGACAAUAAGAAAUCUGAAGUGUCUGCUGUGGGGCAGCAGGUUGUGAAACUUCUCGAAGGGAGGUUGCCAGAGGGUCAGAGUUCCCGGCACCUUCUUCCUGUCCUGUCCAAUGUCAUCAGUCUUUCACCAGAAGCUCUAACUGAAGAGCAGAUCAAUGUGGUCAGUAAAAAGAUGGUCGACUGGCUGAGGUAUGCGAGCACCCAGCAAGGAGUCCCUCAGUCCUCUGGAGGCUUCUUCUCCAACCCCAGAGCAAGACAGCCUGGCCCUGUGACGGAAGUGGACGGUGCCAUUGCCACAGACUUCUUCACAGUGCUCUCGCUGGCUCAGCACUACACAGAAGACCAGUGGCUCAACAUGCAGGCCUUCUCCAUGCUGAGAAAGUGGCUGCUCUGCUAUGGGGGCGACGGGCUGAGUACCCCUGAUUCAGAUGACAGGUCAGAAACGGAUGGCUCUGUCAUGUCCUUGGUCUCAGUUACAUCCACAUCCAGUCACCUGCUGCCCCCAAAGGAACGUCUGAGGGAAAAGGCCUUUGAGUACUGCCAGCGGCUCUUGGAGCAGAGCAACCGCCGGGCCCUCAAGAAAGAUGAUGAGGAACUGCAGAAAGCUUGUCUCAUCGAGGCGGUGACGAUCCUGGACAUCAUCUGCAAACAGGACACUUCCUAUGUGUACCGCACGCUCUCCUCCAUGAAGAUGCUGCAUGACAGAAUCAGUGGGGACGUCAGCUACGCCAGGGCGCUGCUGCCCAUUGCCCAGUACUUCCUGAACCACAGUGAGAUGGCAGCUGUGGACUCUGAUGCAAUCUACAAACACUUAUUCACUGAGAUCCCAGCUCAGCUCUUCCACAACCAGCCACUGGCCUUUGAGUUCAUCCUGUUCUGCAAAGACAACAGCCAGCUCUUCACUGACACCUCCAGCAUAUUCAGACAGAGCUUCCCAAAUCUCUUCAAGUUUCUGGCUUGGAACAGCCCAUCCCUUAUCUCUGAGUUUGUGGACCUUCUUCCAUUUCUGCUGGAUGCAGGCACAGCCGUUGAGAUCUUCCAUUUGCUACUGGAUCUGCCCUGUUUGACAGCAGCUCUGGACAUCCAGCUGAGGUCCCCCUCUCCCUCUGCUUCUGAGAAGGCAGCCUGUGACCCAGCUGUGAAACCAGCGACCUGUUUGGAGGCCUUUCGCCACCCCCUCUACAAGAGCACAUUCCAGUACCUCCUGCGCAUCGAGUCAACCCCCGAAGACCCCCCGGAGAGUCUGAUUCCUCUUCGGCAGCUGCUGGGACCCCUGGCCAGCAGCCCCAGGGUCGUCCAGUGUGCAGAGACCGUCCCUGUCCUACUGGAGCUCUUCUUCAGCGUGGUGACAGAGUUUGCAGAUAAACCCCUGAUAAACCAGCUGGUACUGUUGGUGCUGCAGAGGAGUGACCAGCUCUACGAGAUCCCAGCGUUUAAAGAUGAUGUGUACAGGGCACUGAGCUCACAGCUGAUCACCCUCUGCAAGUUGCACCCUGCACUCAUCGUGGAACUGUCCAAGGAGCUUCUGGAUUUCUCAGGAUCCGUCAGCAACAUCCGGAACAAGGAGCCCCUCUUUACCCAUGUGGUGUGGGCUAUUGGAGAGUACCUGUCCGUGUCCUACGACAAGCGCUGCACUGUGGAGCAGAUCAACCUGUUCUUCGAGGCUCUGGAAGCCACGUUGUUUGAAAUCACCCAGAUCCGGCCCCUGGCCAGCGUCCCCAGCUACGAGCCCCGUGUCAUCACUGUCCUCAUGACCACGUUGACCAAGCUGGCAGCUCGCAGCCAGGACUUGAUUCCCAGAGUGUCCUUGUUCCUGUCCAAGAUGAGGAUGUUUGUGCAGAACCCUGCUGUCACCUCUGUGUACUGUGAGGAGGACCGUGAGGAGAUCCUCAUCCGGGCAACUGAGCUCAUGAACCUGCUGAAAAUGCCAAGCGUGGCUCAGUUUGUGUUCACCCCGCCUGUGGACGUGGCCACUACACCGCUUCAGAGAGAUGCAAAUGCAUCCCUCCCCUUUGCCCUGAGGAUCGUCAGCCGGCUCCUAGAAGGGGGCACUGGCUUCAUGCCAGGGUGAGAGAUGAUGGGUUUCAGAGAGGCUCCUGCCUCUGUUGUAGUUAAUCUGCUGCUGGCACUCACGGCUGAGGCCCUGCUCUGAACUGGAAGUGAGGAAAAUGAUUG